AAUAAAUAUAUUGACGUACUAAAGUAAUAGAACUUUACACCGAUAUUUUUAUUAGGACGCUCAAGACCAUUUAUCAAAAUAAGUUAUCUCUGAUGAUAUAAAAACUGCGUGUUACCGAGUAUCGUUAUAUAGUCUUACGAUCCUAGUCUAAAGUGAAAUAAUGGCGGCAGUAAUACCAGCAGUGACGAAAUUGUCGAGUAGGGUUAUAAGGAUUUUAGGAUGCAACCCUGGUCCUAUGACUCUUCAGGGCACAAAUACAUAUCUUAUUGGAACUGGAACAAAUCGUAUACUUCUAGAUACAGGAGAUAAAGAUGUACCAGAGUACCAGAAGUACCUGGAAGAUGUUGUGAAUGCAGAGCGGGUGAACAUAGAACAUAUUGUAUUGACACAUUGGCAUCACGAUCAUGUUGGUGGUGUUGCAAACCUCUAUGGGAGUAUUGCUAAACAACCAAAAAUAUGGAAACAUAAAAGAAGUAGUGACGACGAACCUGAUACUCAGUUACCAUCAUCUAUUCCUCUAAAUUGGCUCAAGGAUGGUCAAGAAAUCAAAGUUGAAGGGGCUACAGUAAAAAUUUAUCAUACACCAGGUCAUACAACUGAUCAUGUAAUUUUGACUUUACUGGAAGAUAAUAUACUGUUCAGUGGUGACUGCAUUUUGGGAGAGGGUACAGCAGUCUUUGAAGACUUAUUUACAUAUAUGAAAAGUUUGAAUAGGAUAUUAGAAUUAAAACCUCGAGUUAUUUAUCCAGGGCAUGGAAAUGUUGUUAAGGAUCCAAUACCGAAGAUUGAAUACUACAUAUCGCAUAGGAAUCAACGCGAGCAACAAAUAUUAGAAACAUUAAAGAACAACUCCGAGAAGCCGCUUACAGAAAUGGAUUUAGUAAAAAUAAUAUACACAGAAACACCAGAACAUUUGUGGCCCGCCGCAGCAUAUAAUGUUAAUCAUCAUUUAACUAAAUUGAUGAAAGAAAAUAAAAUUAAGCAAUUGUCUGUUAAUGGCGAAAAUAAAUGGCAAUAUACUCCCAGUGCGAACUUGUAACUUUGCGCUUUUUUUGUAGUGUAACACAUUAUACUGCUCUCAGAAGGAAUAAGGGCAUAAGUAUUUAACAUUCAGACAUAUUUUUGAUAUUAAGUUGUUUAUUUAUGUUAAAUACAUGUAUAUACAGAACUUAUACAGAAAUUUUAAUUGUAUUUUAAUUAGCCAUUUCAAAGAAACCUUUAGUUUUCUCAUUUUACUUGUAGAAAAAAGCCUAAAAAGUAUUACUGUGUAUGAAGGGCAUAGCUGACUUAAAUGUGACUUUUAAU